AUGGAGAUUCCCACCAGGACCCAGGGCUGCUCCUCAAAGGGCUUCCUGUUGUUGGCCUUGAUCCUGGCCCUCUGGCUUCCCCAAGGCUCCCAGGCAGCCCUCCGAAUCCAGAAGAUUCCAGAACAGCCUCAGAAAAACCAGGAACUCCUCCUGUCCCUCCACGGUGUCCCUGAUGUCAUCCAGGACUUUAUGUGGUACCUGGGGGAGGAGACCUCUGGAGGCACCAGACUGUUCUCAUACAUCCCCGGGCUACCACGGCCCCAGAGGGACGGCAGUGCCAUGGGACAGAGAGACGUGGUUGGCUUCCCCAAUGGCUCCAUGCUGCUGCGAGGCAUCCAGUCUUCUGACAGUGGCACCUACCAAGUGGUGGUCACCGUCAACCCUGACUGGACAAUGAGGGCCAAAACUGAGGUCCAGGUGUCUGACCCAGACAAGGACCCAGGGCCUGCGCACCUACCUGUCAAUGCUGCAAUCCUGGCCGCCGCCAUCAUUGGGCCCCUGGCUGCAGGUUUCCUGCUCAUAGGAGGCUUUGCCUACUUCCUGGUCACCAGAGGCUGGAAAGGCCCAAGCCCCAGGACGCCUACAGAGAAGCCAGUGCUGGGCCCCACUCCUGGAGCUGAUGACAGUAACAUCUAUGAAGUGAUGCCUUCUCCAGUCCUCCUGGUGUCCCCCCUGAGUGACAUAGGGCCAGUGAACCCAGCCAUGCCUCCAUCUGCACCCCAGCAGCCAGAGCCUGAGAACCAGCACUACCAGGACCUACUAAACCCUGACCCUGCUCCAUACUGCCAGCUUGUGCCAACUUCCUGA